UAAGCGACCUAAAUCUGUCUAGCGGCUGAAGGGCUGAAAGACGUGUAGUUUCUCUUGUGAUUUUAUGUACCUCGAUAAAUUUUGGCAAUAGUAAUUAUUAAGUGUGGUCCUUCAGAAGGAUCACUAGAUAAAUCUGGGUUUUAUAGAAAUAAUAAUAGAUAAAAUGAGUAAAUUAAUUCCCUCAGCCGCUAAGUUUUUAGCCGGAAACACAAUCACGAAAGUGACUGCACCGGUUGUAGCGACAAACGCAAAAUACAGCACGAAAAAAGAGGCGACAUUCGAAAUCAAGCCCUACAAACUCCAUAAAUUGGAUCAGGGCCCUGCAACAUCAGCCACACUCACUUCUGAAGAUGCUCUUAAGCUGUAUGAACAACUGACGAUAUUGCGGAGGAUUGAAACCGCAUCAGGAAACCUAUAUAAAGAAAAGAUCAUCCGUGGUUUCUGUCACCUGUAUUCAGGACAAGAAGCCGUGGCAGUAGGUAUGAGAGCAGCGAUGCGCGAUGCAGACUCAGUGAUCACCGCGUAUCGUUGUCACGGAUGGACUUAUCUCAUGGGUGUUAGUGUGCUGGGGGUGCUCUCGGAGCUGACGGGGCGCAGGACCGGUUGCUCCCGGGGCAAGGGAGGUUCCAUGCAUUUGUACGGACGCAACUUCUAUGGUGGCAACGGGAUUGUUGGUGCGCAGGUCCCGUUGGGAGCCGGAGUGGCCUUCGCCCACAAGUACCGCGCCGACGGCGGAGUCACGUUCGCUCUGUACGGAGACGGAGCCGCCAACCAGGGUCAACUCUUCGAAGCCUACAACAUGUCUAAACUAUGGGACUUGCCUUGCGUCUUCGUUUGCGAGAACAACGGAUACGGCAUGGGCACGAGCGUGGACCGUUCGUCGGCGAGCACGGAGUACUACACGCGCGGGGACUACGUGCCCGGCGUGUGGGUGGACGGCAUGGACGUGCUGGCCACCAGGGAGGCGGCCAGGUUCGCCAUCGAGUACUGCAACGCAGGGAAAGGUCCUUUGGUGAUGGAGAUGGAGACGUACCGUUACUCUGGUCAUUCGAUGUCGGACCCUGGUACGUCGUAUCGGACGAGGGACGAGGUACAGGAGGUGAGGCAGACCAGGGACCCCAUCACUUCGUUCAAGGAGAAGAUCUUGAAUCACGAGCUCGUCACGCCCGAUCAGCUCAAGGAUAUCGACGCCAAGGUACGUAAAGAAGUAGACGAGGCCACUAAACAAUCGAAGACGGAACCGGAAGUCGGUAUUGAAGAGUUGUCCGCCGAUAUAUACUACAAGAAUUUGGAACCCUUCGUCCGUGGCAUCCACCCGGCUGCCCCGCUCAAACACCUUGAGGUCCAACCUCGCAAUCACUAAAACCUCAAUAUAGAUUAUAUUUACAUCAUACACAGUAUAGUUACAAUGUUAAAAAAAAAAUUACACUUUUGUUAUUUUUUUUAACUGUGGCAUUUAUAUGGCAAUACCUUUGGUAGAAAUUAUUUAUUUUUGUAACGGCAACACAAUAUGUUACCUUCGACUUAGGUAAUGUAAACAUCACAAUUGUAAAUAAUAAAUGUGGUAUUUAAAAA